AGUAUUAGCAAAGAAGCUGUAAAUAAAUUAAAUCCAAAUAUCCACAUAGAGAAUUUUGAGGAAACUUUAACAUACCCUGAUCUCAUUGAAGUGAUUAUAAAUUAUCUUACACAGAACAAUAUUGCUAGUAGAUAG